AUGAUCGCCUCGAAGCUGCGCCUGCACCGAGCACCGAUUCCCAGGAUCCUGGUCACCAGUCGCUGGUACAACUGGGGAAACUACGAUGCCAGCUCCGGCGAAUGCUGCAAAAUGCGCGACAAGGAGACCACCGCCUGCAAGGCGGACAAAUGGUUCUGUCCACUCGACUAUCAGCCCACCAAGUGCUACGAGAAACCCUCCUUUGGCGAGAAGCAGUAUCCCCAGUAUCUGCGGGAGAUCUAUCAACGGAGCAAGCCUGAGUUCGAUCCCGACUGCUUCCUGAAGCUGAUCCGCCACGACAUUGAUCACUACAAGCCGUCGGACAAGCACCGCCGAUACCAACGCACUUGGCCCGAGUGUCCACUGUUGUGGCUGCGACCCAAGGACACCUGCUGUCCCGAUCCGGAAAUGUAUCCCCCGAUGAAACGCCGCAUUCGACCGCCACAGGAGCCACCGCUCACGGCCAUAGACAAGCAUCUCUUCCAGAUGAGCGUCUUCUGCAAGUCGGUCAAGCCACCCGGUUGCAAAGUGGGCCGUCGUCCGCCGAAGUGCAAGAAAGGUCGCAGGUCCUUAGACUGCUGCAAAAAGACGGCUCCAAUGCCCAGUUUCUCGGAGUCUUGUCGCCAUUUGAUACCUCAAUUCUGCCGGUCUGAGUGCGCCUGUCUGGUGGGCGGUAAGUGCGACAUGUGGAACGUUUACCGCCGGUGGAACAAAUCGCGUAGAGCCUGCACCAAGCCCUUCAUGGGAUACUCUCCCUACAGAUCUCGGAUGCGCUUUCCAUUUUGA